AUCCUGCCGCCCGAUACGGCUGGCAGAGAGUAGCUUGGGCAGAGUCGGCUCCAUUGACGUACCUUAGACCCGGGAGAUUUAUUGUGAUCUGGAUCCGGUUUUGGACGCGAUAGGUGGCGAUGCGUGUUAGCGGCUAUGUGGCAUUGGCUUUCUGGUGCUGGUGUGGCCCACCGUUCUGGACAUCGCUCUGGGCCAGCGGUUCGGAGAUCGGCUCCGAUCUGGGCGUGGAUGAGGCCGCUGCCGAAGGGCUAGCCAACUGUCUGGUGGAAACGGUGACGAGCGGCACGUUCGACGACUAUCACCUCCUGGCGGACGUUGGGAACGAACCGUCGGAGCGGUACCCGGUAAACCUGAGCUUCACGGUGGGGCUCGGCAACCGGCAGGAGGAGCUGGCGGUGCUGCUGUCCGCCCAAGAUCGGACACGGGCCCACCCGGCCUACGCCCACACGUACGAGAUGCGCCUCACGAACGUCUACACCGUGCUGUACCGCGAGACGGUCAAGCUGCAGGCGUACCACAGUCCGCGCGAUAAGCUCUUCCCAGCCGAGCUGCGCUUCCGGCUGCGGUUUCUGGUCAGCCACGACGCGAACGUGACGGUGCUGGUGAACGACGAGCGGGCGCCCCGGCCGCUCCUGGCCGUCAGCGACGUGCGCGAGCCGUUCGUGCCGCGCUUCGUCAGCUUCUCGUCGCGCAUGAACGCCUACCCGGUGCGCUUCUACCUCGGGUGCGGCCUGCCACGGUACACCGCGUCCACGGAGCCGCCGGACGUGGACCCGGUGGACGACGGUGAACCACGGAUGGAGGCGCUGUUGCUGGAGACGGCUGGUCGCCCGGGUGCCGCCUGCCCGGUCUGUCCGCCGCAGCGCUGCGAGGUGAUCGUGAAGGCCUGCGCCGACCCGACGUCCGGGAACGGGAACGGCGGAUCCACCGGGGCGGAUCCGGAGCGCGAAAAGUACUACUUCUUCUUUAACCUGUACCUCACGAAGAACCGCGGCAAGGGUCAGUGACAUGGGGGCCACUAGGAACUAGUAGUGCGUACUCUAGGGCCGCAGGUCCGGAUGGUUGCCAGGCUCUGGACGACAUCCGGACUUGGGUUUGUUCUGGACAAUAAAGAGCAAACAAAAUCGU